GUUUUAUACUUUACUGCUACCAUCUGUUCGUGGACUACUAUUAGAGUGAAAUGAUUCUGUAUUUAAACAUCCUGGUACUGAUCCUCCUGCAGUCGGCUAUGUCAAGCCCAAUACCACAGACCACACCAACCAGAGGAUGUGUCACCUGUAAAUCAAAGCCCACAAGGGCUCAGCCGACUGUGGAUUUAAACUCCACAGCUCUGGCUGCUGGAGAGCCAUGUGGGGUCUACACUCUGGGCUGUGCCAAUGGUCUACGCUGUGCUCCUCCUGAGGAUGAGGUGAGGCCGCUCCGUGCUCUGCUGGAGGGCAGGGGAGUCUGCAGCAACGCCAGUAGCACCAGCCCGACGGAUAAGACCCAGACAGCAGACCCAACACCCACUGAGGAUCCAAACGAGGCUCCGUGUCGUAAACUUCUGACUACCCUUAUCAAAGGUCUUAAUGCCCAUUUGUUUAACUCACAACAUGACAUCUACAUGCCCAACUGUGACAAGCGAGGUUUCUUCAGGAAAAAGCAGUGCUGGUCAUCUCGAGGUAAGCAGCGUGGAAAGUGCUGGUGUGUGAAUCAGAACGGCAUGCCACUCACCUCACCAACCAGACACAGGGGCCAACUGAGCUGUUAGAAAAGCACAAAGCCUAAGCCAACGCAAAGGUUUAUUUAAUGGGACCGACGUGAGAUAACGAUGAAGGAACAACAUACAGCAACUAAAGGCGCUCGGCACUGUCUCACAUUUCAUUCUCCAACAGCCAGAAGCAGCUCUCCACCAAUAAGAAGCUGCCUCAAAACCAGGUGUAACUUUGUCUCUUUGCGCCCUCUACUGAACAUAACAGGACUCUAAUAAUCCAACAUCCUUUUUGACAUUGACUUUUCUGAGCUGGAGAUUUAUAUUAAAUUUAAAUAAGCAUACAUUACCCAGCCAUGUGUCAUAUUGUAACAAAGACGACACAUAUUCAAUUUGUUCACCAUUGGAUUUCAGAAUUUUAACUUAGUAAUAAAAAUUGUACUGUUUCAUGUCAUUAACCA